AUGCCAUCCAAUUCUGGUAUUAAACGUUCCUCACGGCCUCCGUCACCACCACCGCCUCCUCCACGUCGUGUGAAUCGUCGACGCAAACAAGUACCAGAGUCAGAGGAAGUCCCACCAGAAUCAGAGUCAGAGGAUGUCAAGUUAUUCAGAAAAAAGCACCAGCGUAGACACGGGAAAGAUAUAUAUGAAGUGCCAGAUGAGGUUCCUCCUGAGUCGAGUAAAGAAGCCAAGAGAAGGCACAAAUUGGUCCAAGAUCAUCAAGAACUCAGUAAAGCUGAGAAAGAUGAGCUCCAUUCCGCGGCCGUUGAGCUUUUCCUUUCCAAUAACCCGAAGCGCUUCCUAUCUCUCGUCUGCGACUUCGCUAACUCCACCGUUAUAAAUCAGAACGCACCAUCACAAGUUAAGGCUCUCUGGGAGUUCCUUGCCCGUCGAUAUCCAAAUGCUUUAUCUCUCAUGCUCGCUCGCCUCCUCAUCUCGCGUCUUCCCUCUGGUGUUGGAAUCUUCACCGUUGAUCUGCUCCACCAUGCUCUAAAUAAGAUUCACGGCCAAGAUCGGUUUAUAAUUGAUAAACGCGUCCUUUUCCAUCUCAAACCCCUGCUUCUUAACGCUAUCCACAACCACGAAUCAUUACCUUACCUUCUGAAUUUAUCUGAAAUAGCCGCCAGGAUAUUUGAAAUCGAGAGGUGGGGUGAACUUCUUGACUAUCUUUUACACGCCCUUAACACGAACUUCGAAACAAGGCAAGAAAUGGCACUCAGGGUGUUAUCGACUUUGCCCGAGUCGAGGGAAGAGUGUCUCGGGGCAUACAUAUUUUGGUGGGCCAACCAUAAGUCGCUUAACGUUAGAUUCGGCGAGCUAUUUGAUUCCCCCAAUCUCAACAUCCAGGCUCUGACAUUCGAUGCCUCCGUUAAAUUGGUACGCCUGCUGCACCGAUGGAGGUUUUACAGCGAAAUCGAUGUCCUAUUACCAAAGAUGAUUUCCUUCCUGCGAGCAUUUCACUUGGACGGUCGAACCCAUAUCGUGGAACCAAGAAUAAUGGAUUUGGUGGAAUUGGCUAGAUAUCAUACGGACCGUUUUUUGAUGCAACUUGAUGUUGUCUUGGACUGCAUGUUCCGAAUUGCCGUGACUGCAGAUGAUGCAGUAUUUUUCCAGAAUUGCGUGCGCUUGCUGCUUUGUAUCGCAGAUGUUCCUGCUUGGUAUGAUGUAGAGAGUACAUCGAGUGGAUAUAUGGGGAUCUCAGAGAAGUAUCGCCUAGGAAAGUUCUUAUUGUUCCGGGUCUGCUGGCAUUCACCCGAAGACAUACCACUUUCCAUUGGAUUUGAGAUGGUACCACAGUAUUUGAUUUCUGAAAAUUGGCAGGUUCGUCACGCAGGACUGAUUGUCUUCGCUGCAACUGUAAGCGCAUGUGGCCGGCCCGAAAUGAUAUGUGACCAUGCUGAGAGGGUGCUAGAGAUCUCGCUGACUGAUGCCCACCCUCGCGUUCUUUGGGCUGCGAUUGAUGCAAUUAUAUGUCUAACUUCAGACUCCGAUCAAAAGCAUGUCCGAUAUCUAAAUAAGUUCGUCCCGAGACUAGUCGCCAUAAUUAGAUCAGCUUCAAUUUAUCCCCGUUUGCAGUUGCAUGCUGUUAUAGUAACUGGUCGCUUGAUUAAAUAUUGCGGCGAUGAAGAAGUGAAGUCGUUCUCGGAAGAUCUGGUGCCUGAAUUGCUAAAAUUUCUAAAGUUUUAUGCAAAUAACCACCUGCAGCGAGGAGGGAAGUUCCGGGAAGAAGCUACGGAAACUCUGAGACCAUUGGCAGUAUCAUUUUCGGUUGUUUUACGCAAGUACUAUCAGGAGACAGUAGAUUCCUUGAAACCGCUUAUAUCUCAAUUAUUGCUUGGGGCAAAAUCCAUAGAAUCCUUGAGUUAUAUUUUCUCAGCGUUUCUCUGGGACCACUCUGCUCUUUCUCUUUUAAAAAAUGCUGGAGAGGUUUUUCUAGUUGUGUUUCGAAUUGCAAAUAAUUGGACGGAUACCGACCGGAGAUUAAAAAUUCACAUCUUGAAGGCAUUGUCCCAGUUGUGCAGACUACCGCGGCUGGGAGCUGACAAAUUUCUUAACGAGAUCAUGCCUUUGUUGAUUCCGACUCUUGAAGAUAUUAAUCCCUUCAUGUUUGGCUUCAAAUCUUCCCUUCAGCUCUAA